AUAACUUAUUUUAUAAUUUUACUUAAAAAGAAAUGGAAUUCAGUUUUAUUAUUGAUGGAGAGGAGGAGCCGGAUAUCAGUCAGGCAAAUGCUGGAGUAUCUCGCCGUUUCGACGUGUCCCAGCCUUUCCUCGACCGUACGGCCACCCAACCUGCCGUGGAUAAUGACUCAGCGCUACAACAAAUAUUUUCUGCCCUUGGAAGAAUGGAGACUCGACAAGAGAAAAUAUUGAAAAGGCUUUCCGCCGUAGAAAGCGCCCUUGCCGAGAAGAUGCCCGAGCGUUGUGAGGUUCAAGCGCAGGGUCAACUGCUGCGUGAAUGUAAGGUGCUCUCUGUGAAAACCCACCGCAGUGUAAGCCGAAUCACCACCGGUGACUUGGUAAGCGAAGAGCAAACUUUACUGCAAAGUUUGCUGCCAAUGUCAUCGGAGGAAACACUGCAUAAGGUGGAGGAGCACCUUCAAAACAAGGCAUACGCUGACGCUAUGGUAAGUUACAGUUCUGCUCAAGAACGAGUAUAGUUUUCUUCAACCGAA